AUGUUCAUAAUCAACAUCAUUUCACUAAUCGUACCAAUCCUACUCGCCGUGGCUUUUCUGACAUUAGUAGAACGAAAAAUCCUAGGAUACAUGCAACUCCGCAAGGGCCCAAACAUCGUAGGGCCCUACGGCCUCCUACAACCAAUCGCAGACGCCGUAAAACUAUUCACCAAAGAACCUCUACGACCCCUAACGUCAUCCAUCACUAUAUUCGUAAUAGCCCCAGUUCUAGCCUUAACACUGGCUCUAACCAUAUGAAUUCCAUUACCCAUGCCCUACCCCCUCAUUAACAUAAACCUUGGAAUCCUAUUCAUGCUAGCAAUAUCAAGCUUGGCCGUCUACUCCAUCUUAUGGUCCGGAUGAGCCUCAAACUCAAAAUACGCCCUAAUUGGGGCCCUACGAGCCGUAGCCCAAACAAUCUCCUAUGAAGUCACAUUAGCUAUCAUCCUCCUCUCAGUACUACUAAUAAACGGCUCAUUCACCCUAUCCACAUUAAUCACCACACAGGAGCACCUAUGACUAAUCCUACCCACAUGACCCCUGGCUAUAAUAUGAUUUAUUUCAACUCUGGCAGAAACUAAUCGCGCACCAUUUGAUCUAACAGAAGGAGAAUCAGAACUAGUCUCAGGAUUCAACGUCGAAUACGCAGCCGGACCGUUCGCCCUAUUUUUCCUAGCCGAGUACGCCAACAUUAUUAUAAUAAACAUCCUCACAACGAUCCUAUUUCUUGGCGCAUUCCACAUUCCAUACCUACCAGAACUGUACACAGUCAACUUCACCAUAAAAACACUUCUACUAACAGCCCUAUUCCUAUGAAUCCGAGCAUCAUACCCACGAUUCCGCUAUGACCAACUUAUGCACUUACUAUGAAAAAACUUUCUUCCUCUAACACUAGCACUAUGCAUAUGACACAUAGCCUUGCCCAUCAUAACAGCAAGCAUUCCCCCGCAAACAUA